GCGCAGGGCGUGGGCGCCGGCCAGGCGCUCCUCUACGAGGCCUGGGCCUCCUGCCUGGAGCGGGCCCACCGGCACGCGGAGGCUGGCGAGGUGUACCGCCGUGGUCUGGCAGGCAAGGCGGAGCCGCAGGCCCGCCUCCGCACCCGCCUGGCCGAGUUCGAGCGGCGGGCACGCCGGCACUCGGCGCCGGUGCAGCAGGGCAACAUCACCUUCGAGGCCUGGUGGGCGGCCGUGGGCAAGUGCAAGGGCAUCGCACUCUGGAAGGGGAAGAUCGAGACCCUCAGCGGCGGCAGCCACGCAGUCAACGGCUUGACUAUCGAGACGGUUGGGCAGGCCGUUUUCCGCCACGUCGACUCGGACGGGGAGUGGAGCCCGAUUAGCAUGGUGCUCACAGUUCUGUGGUGCGUGUUGCAACUCUGGUGUUUCAUACUCUACGUCCGCACGGAGUCGGAAGCGAUUGCCACGUCAGCGCGGGUUUUCGCCGAGCAGUGGCUGCCCUGGAUCGUGCCAUAUGGGAUGGCGCGGCUUCUGGGGUCGUUCGUGCCAGCAGCCGCUACGGGAUCCCAGAACAGCGAGAUCCCGAUGUCUAGCCAGAAUGCCCUCGAGGUGACCUUCGGUGAGAGCACUUUGUCGAAUCAGACUGCCCCUGAGACGCAAUUCGGGGUGGCAGGGCCGGCUGUGCUCAUGCUGUCAGUCUUCGUGCGCAAACUCCAGGCCCGCGGGGCAUGA